AUGCCCUUCACUCGCGCCCAGCUGCCACUUGGGAUGCCAUGCGGCGUAACGGUGUUGAGACUCACCCUUGCUCACCCUGGUCAGACGUGGGACGGUCGAGGAUUUGAGUGGGACGGCCAGGCGGAGAGAGGAGAUAAGGACACAGGAGGGGGAGGUGUUGGCGAGGAAAGCCACGGUCAAGGUUUGGCCGAGUUUGUUGAUGGACCAACCGCAGAAUAUCUAUUCCGGAUGAAAAAGCACCCUGUGGCUUUCCGUCAUGGCCGGCGUACUAACACUAUCUCAUCGAGGGACAGCACCAGUGGACUGACAUGGAUGUUUGAGAAGACAAAACGAGUUCUUCGACGAGUUAACCGGCCCAUUGUCUCCAUAUCGAUUAUAUUAUCUAUACGAGGUUAUCAGCUGGGCCUGCAGCCGUCGUGGAAGGGCCCAUCAUAUCCUGCGAUGAAAAAUGAAACGGCACACAUAUGCAUUCACGGCCUGACAGACCCCCUCAUCCUCUGCACCCCGCAUAAUAUUGCUUCUCUAUCUUACCUCGCUCGGCCUUCGCCACCACGCUUUGAAAAGGAGGUUCUCGAUCAUUUAACUAUCCGUGUCUCAGGCUAUGAGCAGGACCCUACUCGCGCAACUUUAUGA